GAACUAUCAUGUCCAUGCUGUGGUUCGUGGCCAUCGCCACUGAGUCCGAAACAUUUCCUCCGCGUCAAUCAAUAUCAACAGCGGUAACACGAACGUCCUCACAACUGGAAGCCUUCCUCACGUAAACUCGGCCUAGUUUGCGUACCGCACAAUCUGUCACAGCCCCUGUGAAUGUUAGUCCCUUUUCGGACCUCAAUGACGGCGAUUGCAACGGCUACAACUGACUGCAGUGACGGGUUGGGCCCGUUAGCUUAACAAUGCUAUUGACAGUGAGAACAACUCAAAUCGUGGACUUCCCAGCACCGUCAUUCAAAAUCAUGCUGAAAGUAUUUCCCCUGCCGCUGUUCUACGUCGGAAACCUCGUGUCAGGGUUCAUUGGAACGAAACGACUCAGCUUACCAAUGUUCACAGUAUUGCGGAGAUUUUCCAUUGUGAUGACUAUGAUUGGUGAAUUCUAUGUUCUGAAUAUGGUCGCCCCAUUAAGGAUUGUCGCUAGCGUUUUUGCCAUGGUGGGAGGCGCGCUAAUCGCCGCAGUAGACGACCUUGGUUUCGAUUUUGAAGGCUAUACGUCAGUGCUCAUCAAUGAUUUCUUCACGGCUGCAAACGGCGUGUACACUCGGAAAAAGCUCGAUGCGAAGGAUCUAGGCAAAUAUGGCCUCCUCUUCUAUAAUGCGAUGUUUAUGCUCCCGCCAUUAUUAUUAACAUCGAUUAUAACUGGCGAUCUCCAACGCGCCAUAAACUUUGUCGGGUGGACUAAUCCGAUUUUUGUGAUGUACUUCUUUUUUUCGUGCGUCAUGGGCUUUGCCUUGAUGUACAGUACGUUGUUGUGUACGGCCUAUAAUUCAGCCCUGACCACAACGAUUGUCGGCUGCCUAAAAAAUAUUAUGACGACGUAUAUAGGCAUGUGCAUUGGCGGUGAUUACAUUUUCAGCGUGAGCAAUUUUAUCGGACUCAACAUCUCCAUGAUUGGCAGUCUUUUCUAUUCGUACUUAACUUUCAUCGUACAAAGACCAAACAACGGCGCAACAAAUGUGAAAAAAACGAAAAAAACACCAGAGACAGAAAUCUUAAUUGAGCCACAGGAACUCAAGGUAGUUAAAUCGUGACGUUGGCUUUCCUAGACUUCUUUUGUAAAUACAACGUUUUGUUUUUUUGCACAACACUGAAACCUCUCAGUACCUGUACCUUAGAUAAAGGUCUGAUGGCUAUGGUGCGGGUGGAUAUAAUUUCAAAUACACAACAAAAAGCAUGUAUAAUAGAAAUCAAUAAAAACAGUUUUUGACACUUAAGGAGGGGUCAAACACGACAUCUCACAGUUGUAAGGUUGGUGCUUUACUUAGCUCGCCACUGCAGCUGUCCCACGAACUUGUGUUUCAAUUUUUAUUUGUAUGACCAGAUUUACUGAUAUUGACUGUUAAUAUAUCGGUGAAACAAUGUUAAUAGUAAACACAAAAAGGGAGAACUGUUUAUAAGUAGAUAACAGUAUAAUAGGACAACAUUACUCUACUGCCUUUCUAUUGCCUUCGUUGCAUAUAUGUACAACAUUUCUUCAUCUAUACAUACGGGUAGCCGGGAAGACGAUAUGAAGGUAUCUCGAAUAAGAGAGAACGCCAUAAAGCUAUUAAACAAGUGCCAAGUAAGAAAUACUUCUUUAUACGAAACAGCCCGAUGGACACGUAGCAGUUCGCACUUAUGCAGUAUCUGUGACUAGGCAUGUUAGUACCUAUAUAUAUUUAUAGAGAGAACAUCUACUGUGAAUAUAUAUUCUAAAUAAACGAAAAUCUCGUUUUCUA